AAAUCCCGUACCAUAUCAUAUCAUAUUAAAGACAAAAAGAAUAACUACAAUACAUUUAAAGGCAUUAAAGGCAUUAUGACCGAAGAAGCUGAUAUAUCCAUGACCGGCACGCAGAAUGCAGCUGCCAAGGUCAAAAAGUCUCACGAGCUAGCCGCAAUUAGUAUCAAAGCACCGCGUUAUUCCUACGCGCAUCUAGAGCUUUUCAAUGCCUCGGCCGAUCCAGGUGUAUUAGAUGCUCUCCAAGUACGAUCUAAGUGUACAUCUGCCCUGAAGCAAUUCUUAGGCGCUACAGGCAUGGGAAUUCCGUUAGACAUCCUUAAAGUGGAUGGGAAGGAUUGCUGGCUAAGAGUCCCGCGAGACGACUUAGGAGCCUUCGCUGCAGCUAUCACGGCCUGGCAAGGCUCUUAUCAGGACGGCGUUCACUCGUCACUUCGGAUACGAGGGUGUUCUGAUUGGCUUGGUGCCUUAGUAGGGAGAGAUGGGGAGGAUGAGCUAUGGACUGGUUGAAGUUUAAUGGAUGAAGGCCAUCAUAUCAACCAUAUCAACCCAUUACCAACACGCCGAGGAAUCAAAACUUAAUCUCAAACUACAUUUCCAUUGGUACCGCCCUAAUGGUAUAUCCAGUUUCCUCUCCUACCUAAUCCCCGCAACGCCUAUGCUUCCCUGACGUUCAAGUGUCAUAUAUGCCAAGAUGCCACCAUCAAGCCGCCCGUCCAAUGCAAGAUCACCAUUUGGAAACACCAAAACCAAAAUGCCUCUUACAUCAUCGACAUAAGCGAGUUAUUUGCAUACGCCUAAAAAGGGGUUAGCCUGAAAUGUUUGGCCUCGCGGCUUGGACUAGGGACUCACCAUCGGCCGAAUUGGAGGAUGAGGGACGGCGUCAAAUUGGUGGAAGUUCAACUUGUAAUCGGGACCGAUGUUGAUGUACGCGCCUCUGUUCUCUGUUUGAUCGCAGUAUUUCGGUGCCGAGAAGACUGGGAACUAGUUAGCAAAAUAGUAAUCGAGUUAACGACUCAAAAGAUCAUUUACCAGUGAUACACUUUCCAUCGUGC